AUGCGCGCCGCGUUCCUUCUCCCAGCUCUGCUCGCCUCUUUUGCGGUAGCUCGCCCUUUGGCCAAUCCAAACGCUACACGCUACGAUGCGAUCGUCCCCGGAGCCGACUGGCGCGAUACGGAUGGUGUCUUAAUCCAGGCCCACGGGGGUGCGAUGGUUAGGACCGAUGACGGUACAUUCUACUGGUUCGGCGAGGACCAUCGUCCGGGCGGAACACACUUUACGGGCAUCGCAGUGUACUCGUCAAAGGAUCUGUACAAUUGGAAAAACGAGGGCUUGGCUUUCAAACCAGUGGAGGGAACGCCAGCUGCCAGCGACCAGGUCGGGGAACGACCCAAGGUUGUAUACAGUGAGAAGACAAAGCAAUGGGUGGCCCGACCUAUUCCCAUCUUAGCUGUAUUUCCAUUCGGACAACCCAAGUUACUCUCUCAUUACCAGGCGAUUGGCCUUUCGCCUAAUUCAGGAUCUCGGCAUACAUCGCCUACGCGCUAUAUGGCUCACGCGGAAACAACGCGAUCACCCGUCUCAGACGACAGGCUGAACGUCUCCGAAAUUAUCUAUAGUUUCAGCGGUAAGCACUUCCGUCUCGCUGUUGAGAAUAUGUAUCUGAGCAUGAAUUCUAUCAAGGUACAAACCUUGAAGCUCCCGGAUGUUCAAGGAGAACGGAACUUACUACCACAUUUUCAGCCAAAAGACGGAUACCGUCCAAAUAACGCCCAGCUCUUCACCGCACCGGCGCUGACUGGGCCGUGGACUAGGCAGCCCCAACUCGCUCCAGAAGGUACCAAUACCUGGGAAUCUCAAAACACCUUUGAGCUCAAGAUCAAAGGGACUAAGAAGACAACGCAUAUAUUCAUGGGCGAUCGAUGGGACCGCGAUGAAUUGAGCGACAGCCGUUAUAUGUGGUUGCCAAUCACGAUUGGCGGGAAACAGGCCGCGAGUCUCGAAUGGCACGAUAUUUGGAAGAUCGAUGUCAACACUGGCGAGGUCACCUACCCCAAAGGAAUCUCGUAUGAGGCCGAGAAGGGCGUCAUUACUGGCGGUGCAAAUGUACGAGCUGCUCAACAUGUUCUGGCGGGAAUUAUGUUACUGGCAGUAAGUCAUCAAUUUGUCGACCUUCAAUGGUGGCCUCAUGGAUUUCCGCUAGUCACCUCCAAUAGUUCCGUUACCAUUACCAACAUCCAGGGAACUGGAAAGCCCCAAUGGCUCGCCAUUUACUAUGUCAACACUGACGUGCAAACCACUGCCUUACACCGUUAUGCCGGCGUAUCAGUAAACGGAGCUGCACCCGAAGUAGUCAAGCAGCGUACGACUGCCGAGGGUGUGGUGGUUAGUGUUCCUCUGCAAGUGCAAUUCGCCAAGGGAUCGAAGAACAACGUCACAAUCAGUGGUGUAACUGGUCGUCCCGAAAGCGCAUGGUUGGACAGAGUGAUUGUGUACUGA